GAAAAUCAUCUCACCGCCGACCAUUUCAGCUCAAUGGGCAAACGAAAGGAGGUCACGGCUGACGACCUGUUGCGCCAACAAGAGGGCUCUCAAAAGCGUUCCAAACAUGCUCUCUCCUCGUCUAUCCAGAGAAUCACUCUCUCGGAUGAGGAAAACGCCUCGGAGCAGUCGAACAGUUCGGAGGGAGAUGAAGCCGCUAUAGUCGAAGAGGAAGAACUUGAUUCUGAAGAUGAAGGCCAAGAAACUCAAGGAGAAGAAGACACAGAUGUCACGCCACUAGAUCGUCCACUCUCUUCCUCGAAUGCCGCGUCUACUUCACGUCUCGUAUUUACACCCCGCCUUGCAUCCAGCGUGGAACCAUCUCCACGUCCACCUCCUCCUCCUUCAUUCUCCUCCCUCGGCAUCUCGAAACCUUUGCAAUCCGCUCUCUCUUCCAUGUCCAUUCGUGCUCCGACAGAAGUCCAAGCCGCAUGCAUACCUCCGCUGCUCGCAGGACGCGACUGUGUCGGAAAUGCCAGAACGGGCUCAGGAAAAACGAUGGCAUUCGCACUUCCGAUUAUGCAGAAGCUUUCUGUCGAUCCGUUCGGGAUAUUUGCGCUCGUCCUUACGCCCACAAGAUAGCCGAGCAAUUUGCGGUGGUGGGUGGAGUCCUUGGCGUACGGACCGCUGUCGUUGUUGGGGGCAUGGAUAUGAUGACGCAGGCGAUCGAAUUGGGAAACAGACCUCACGUUGUUGUGGGAACUCCCGGACGGCUUGUCGACCAUUUGAGGAGCAGUAACGGGGAAUGGGAUCUCUCAAGAGUCAAGUUCUUGGUGCUCGAUGAAGCAGAUCGGCUGCUCAGCCCGACGUUUGCUGAAGAGCUGGCAUUCAUAUUCAGCCGCCUUCCACAAGGUCGACAGACUUGUCUUUUCACCGCAACGUUGACACCGGCGAUCGAAAAUCUGAUAAAAGCUCCCCCGCGACCGGGAAAGGAGCCUCCGUUUGUGCAUAGGAUGUCCCAGCGCAUUGAGACUGUGGAUACCUUGGAGCAACACUACAUUCUUGUGCCGUCCCAUGUUCGAGAAAUGUACCUCUUCCAUCUUCUCUGUAACCCUCCUGAAUCAACAGUACACUUACGACGGAACGCACCGGCUCCUGACAAUCGCAAGAACAAGAGGAAGAAGCCGACGGAAGAAAAUGUAGAUCCUGUACAGCCACCUCCGACGAUCAUAUUCUGUGCUCGAGCCAAGAGCGCUGCAUACCUGACCCAUUUACUUCAAAAUCUAUCCAUCCGGUGUGCCGCACUGCACUCUCGACUGACUCAGCGAGAAAGAUUGACGUCUCUGGGCCUCUUCCGGGCCUUCGUUGUUCCCGUUUUGAUCUGCACGGAUGUUGGGGCCCGAGGACUUGACAUCGAGGACGUUGCGAUCGUAGUCAACUGGGAUCUGCCGAAUGAACCGGAAGAAUACACUCAUCGAGUCGGCAGAACGGCUCGGGCAGGCAAGGGGGGUGUCGCCAUCAGCUUCGUGACCGAAAAAGACGAGGAGCGGAUCCUGAAGAUCGAAGAUCGCAUCAAAACCCGGCUUCAGGAGAUGAUCCUUCCGGAAGCCAAGGUCCUCGAGAAAAUGAACGCAGUCUCGACCGCUAAACGUCUCUCCAAUAUGGAACUGCAUGACUCUAAGUUCGGAGAAAGAGAGGAGAUCCAUAAGAAGAAGAGAAUUUCGGCAAUUGUUACUUAGACAGUUGUCAAUCUAUGAUUGCCGACCCGCGGCACGCUUAGCUUAUAUACCCGUGAUUUCUUUGGAGCCAACGCGCCCCGCUGCCACCACCCGUGCCUUACCUCUUUCCUCCGUCAAACGUUCAAGGAUGGAGUAUGAUUGGGAGAAUGCCGCCAGUCAAUACUCGGACUUUGACUUCUCCAAAUUCGACCUCCCAACUCCGCCUCGUUCUCAAGACGGCACUCCGCUUAUGGACUCCACGGCGGGUGAAGUUGGCAGCACGCCGCUUGAUGAUCCCGAAUCCCUGUCCAUUUCCACUACCUUCUUCCCUGAUUCCGACCUUCGACCUCACCGACCAGAUGUCAUUCUCUUAACGACCGACUCCGUUCAUUUCUACUUGCAUUCAGAUGUCCUGCAAGCGUUCUCCUCCAACCAAUUCCGUUCUCUACUUGGAACUCCCACCGAUGCCUCCAAGCCACCUGCUGUGGAUGUGCCAGAAACUGCGCCUGUCCUGAAUGUUAUUCUACAUGCGAUCUACGGUCUGUCGUGUGUCCAUUAUGCGCCCUCGUUCGAUAUUCUCGCCGAUGCAAUGAAUAAGAUGCCGCUUUAUGGACUUGAACCUCGCUCGAUGGUGCGUCCUCCGACUCCACCCCUUCCAGGCACGGCUCACGAAUAUGUGAAGGUUUUGCCUUCUACUUCCCUCUUUUCCCAACUACUGUCUCACGCACCACUCGUUCCACUGGAACUCUACGCUCUUGCCGCUCACUUUGAUAUCUUCGAUCUGGCUGUCCCAACUUCGUCACAUCUCCUUGGAUAUGCACUGUCGCGCCUCACUGACGAAGAUGCAGAAAGAAUGGGCGCUGUUUACCUGAAGCGCUUGUUUUUUCUCCAUUACGGGCGUGUCGAAGCCUUGAAGCGGGUUCUUUCCUCGCCCCCUCAUCCCCAUGUUCCGACCAGCUCUUGUGACUUCGCGAACCAGAAGAACUUGAACCGAGCCUGGGCACUGGCCACAGCCUAUCUCUCUUGGGAGCUGAGGCCUGAUCUCUCCACCAGCGCUCUUGAAUCCGCCCUGCUUCCCUUGAAAGACCAGCUCCCUUGCGAGCUGUGUAAGACCUCUCUGAACGAUCGCAUCAAAAUCCUCAUUGUCCAAUGGUCCUUUGUUAAGCGAACGAUAUGAAACGGCCUUGCACCCCUUGUACCACCACUGCACCAUACACGCUGCCCGACCUCACG